GAUUGUAUUUUAUUUUUUAUCCACUCAAAACGCGUUGUUUUAAUGUCUGCUACACGUUUUACUUUUAGAAACGUUUAAUUAUUAUUAUAUAAAUCUAUCCUAAAGUUGUUUUAGAAUUUUUGAAAUUAUCUGUAGAAAAGCGUCAUAAAACAACUCAUAGCGCUGUGUUUCAGAUCUAUCUUAGUUCAUUUGAUUUAUCUCUCGUUAUUAAAUGGCCAUAUAUGAGGUUUACUCCCACCCUGCUUUAUUAAGAUACAAAACCAGUAUCUGCACGAAAGCCACAGUGUUUUUAUUAAUCGUGUUUGGGCUCACUUACAUUUCACCUUUGUUGGUUUCUUACAGAAGUCAAGGUUUCUGGUUAAAAUUCAGCACCAAUGAGGAGCAGCCAACUGUGCGAUUUCAAUACCAGGUUUUGUUAAUCGCAGUGACUAGUACCAGUGGAGACUACGUUGCAAGGAGUACAUAUCAGAACUUCAAUAACCUGCAGGGAAACAACCUUGGAAUACCUUCAAUAUCAGCUAGAGAAGAAGAUCAGAAUCAGGAUGGGAAGUUUGACCAGCUCAGUCUCACAUUGGGACUCCCACUCCAGUCCACAGAACAGGUGUACAGUGUCCAGCUUAUUCUCACAUUCUCAUACCAGCUUUUUAGGAUGUCCACCUUCGUUAUGCAGUGUAUGGCAUUCAUUCAACACUCCUCUCCAGUACCUGGAUCGCAGCUUUAUAUCAAUGGGGAUCUGAGGCUACAGCAGAGACAGCCCUUGAGUCACAGGGGAAUCGAUACCAGAUACAAUGUUUCUGUUAUUAAUGGAAGCAGCCCAUUUGCCAGUGCCUAUGACCUUACUAACAUCAUUGGAACUUACCAAGAAAGAAAUUUUUCCACACUGCUGUCAAACCCAAAUCCUGUAUGGACGAUGGAUCGAGCUGCCGGUGCCCCGUUUGAAAUAAAUGCCAUUAUCAGAUACCCCAUGGAGAGCAUUACAUAUCCUUUACUAAGAUAUACAUCUAAUAAAUAAAUUAACCUUUAUUUUUCUGGGCUCAUCAAGGUAAAUGAGUAGUUAGUAUUUGGUAACAGACAUUGGAAAAGACAAACCUGUUUUAUAUUUUAAGCAUAUAUUCCUAGUCUUGGCUAGUAGUUUUGUCUCUAGAACUCCACAGAGGUGUGCAGUGUUAAGAGAUUAUUACAUUAUUAGACAAGCACAUCAUGUACUGUUCAGUACAAUGCAAACCAAAUGCAUGAAAGAUAUUAAAUAUGAAAGUCUGCUUACCAAAAAAAUGUAUGUGACUCCAGAUAAAUAUUCUGAAAGGUUAUAUUUGACUAGAUAACUGCUGCUGAAAAUUGUCCUUGACUUCAGCAAACAUAUCAGCCUGGCUUUUGGGAAAUGAUUAAGUUUGCCUGGGUUCAGUACGUCAGCGUUCUGCUAAUUUUCCUGUGGGUUUUUGAGAGGAUCAAGAUCUUUGUUUUCCAGAACCAGGUUCUACCCACAAUAGCAGUCCCUCCAUUCAAACAGCACCAGUCCUAGACUUGACUCAACCCACAGAACCAAUAAUGCGGUGUGAAGUAGAAGGUGGCCUCUUCAAACCAUUUGAUAAGGUUUUGCAGGAAGAGUUGCUUGUGUUUGCAUCUUUGUAAAAAAAAUGUAGAUACUGACUUUCUACACAAGCUGCAAAUAUUUAAUCUGAUUGUGAAGUAGAAAUGUAUCAUAAGACACAAAUGAUCUUUUUGCAGACUGCGGGGAUAUUUAGGUCCACGUCUGUUUCGAUCAAAUAAGUAGACCCCAAUAUCUUUAUUCUGGUGGCAGUGUACAGUAUGUAGAUUUUGAAGAUAUUGAUUUGUGAACCUAUCGAUUUUUAAACUCUGAGCAAAUGUUUGCUUUGCUGCUAUGCUGUAUCUUCCCAGUGAAACAUAAGACUUCAUGGUUAACUUUACUCCAGAGAACAGUUUGUUACAUUUUGUGUAAAAAGGAAAAUGAAAAUGACAGUGCUACUAAAUUAGCAAGGAUGAAAAGUGAAGUUAUAAAACAUUUGGCCCGUUUUAUUAAUAAUUUAUAUGGCAUCUGAGAUUUCUAAAAGCUUGCGGUGAAGACCUACUACUGUAUAGGCUUGCUGUCUGCUUUCAAAACAAAUGAUACACUACUGUACAUUCUCACUGUUAAAAAAGUUAAAGAAAUCGCAAGCCUAAUAAAUAGGCCUAUUAAGGGACUAGACUGGCAAAAUAAAGUAUUUGUUUUUUUCCUAAUGUGU